AUGGCAGAAUCCGACAAACUACGUGUAGCAGUCAUCGGCGCUGGCAUAGCUGGUCUCGCUGCCGCCAUUGCACUCCAGCGGCAUCAUGGUAUUGAUGUACAGAUCUACGAGAGGGCGACAGAGCUGAAGGAGAUCGGAGCCAGCAUCGCACUUGGCCCGAAUGGCAUGAAAGCUUUGGAGAGGCUGGGCGUCCACGAAGCUCUUGACGACGAACUAGCCUUUCGAAAUAGUUCAGGCUAUCCCAUGGUGUAUAGACACUGGAAGACGAACGAAGUUAUCUCCGUUGACCAACACCAUGGCGAGAUUGAGUAUCGUUAUCGAACAAGCCGCUUCUACCGGGCCCAUUUACAACAGGCUCUCGUCGCCCACGUUAAGCCAGAAACCAUUCAUCUCAAGAAAGCUUUCCAAUUUGUCGCCUCUUUGCCAGAUACAGAGGAACUUCAGAUCACCUUUACUGAUGGCAGCACUGCAGCAGCAGAUGUGCUACUAGGAGCUGAUGGGAUUCAAUCGGCCGUUCGACGAUCUUUCGUUCCAAGUUCUGCACCAAAGUGGACUGGAUGGGUAGCCUUCCGUUCCGUUUUCGAUACACAGCUUGUCUCACACAUACCUGGCGUUCUCGAUGAGGCCUAUCACUGGUGGGGACCAGAGAGAACGUUCUUUAGUUCGAAACUCGGCAAGGAUCAAUUCACGAUCGUCGGCGGCAACUACACCGACCCAAACGCACCAGAUGCUCCUUUCAGAGACGCAACAUGGAACUCGGACGGUGAUUUGGCAGUAUUUAAGGACUAUUAUAAAGACUGGCACCCUGCUAUUCGACAGAUGAUUGAUGCAUCGCCGUACACUCGCUUGUAUCCAAAUACCUUUGCGUCCAGCCUCGAUACAUGGGUUCAUGGAGAUGGACAAGUGACAUACGCCGGCGAUGCUGCACAUGCACAUGGUGGAGCUUUCGCUGCCGGAGGAUCUUUGGCCUUGGACGAUGCAUGGGCUUUCGCUCGGGCGAUUCUUACUGCAUACCCGCCUGGCUCACCCAAGCCGUCCAAGGCUGACAUCACCGGAGCGUUGAGAUUGUACGAAGCUACAAGAAAGCCACACACGGAUCGCGUACUGAAUACUGUUCAUGCAAACAAUGAGAAUGCGAUCAAGCGGUUGGGCAUGGCGGAAACUGACGAACAGCUGAGGGAGAGGAUGAAGAAGAGGGCAGAUCCGUACUGGAUUCAUGAGCAUGAUGUUGAUAAGGUGUUCGAGCAGGUGCUGGCCGAGAAUACCCAAGUUUCGCAAGCCAGACUGUAG